UUGCCGGUUCGUAAAGAUAUGACAAUCCCUUUAUUACUUGGUCGCAACAACUUGAUUUAAUAUUGAUGUUUUAAAUCAAAUAUUUGACCCCCUUGGUGUAGAUUUGCAGCAAUGAAGAAUAAUGCGAAGUCCUCGGAUUACGAUGUUCGUGAUAAAUAUUCAUUUUAAAUUGAAACUUUAUCCGUUUUAUUGUUCAUCAUUCACUGGGUCAUCUGUGGGCUAUUUAUCCACAGUAUUCUGGCUUGAAAACAUAUGUAUGUAACUGGUCUGUUUUGAGUUUGUGCAUAUACUACCAGCGUAAAUCCACGAUGUAAGAUGGGAUAGUGACAGAGCGGGUGCACCUGUUGCAAGAUGGCGAAAGGAAAGGUUACUAUAGGCUACCCAAACGAAUCUUUCGUCGGGAAAGGAGCAGUAUUUACGGAUAUUGCUAAAGAGUCCUUGCGCAUCAGGAUGCGUGUGAAAAGAGUGAACGAAUUGGAGGAGGAAAGGCUACAGAAGCUCACGAAGUUAAUGAACCGUGACCAAGGAGUACAGAGGAUUCUACUUCAGCGGGUAAUGGAUCGUGCGGAACGCAAUAUCGAAGAAAUGCGCGGGUAUAGAAAGGUAGUCGGCACGGAUUACAAGUUCGACAACUUCCGGACAAUGAAACACGGCUACAAAAGGAGACUAGUGGAAUCUCCACGAACGGCAAGACAGAUUUCAGUAGAAACCAAGAUAUGUAAUGGGGGCUACCAACCUGGCUACUUCAAACACGACAUCAAAAGAAGGAUUCGACAGACGGACCCUGAUGUUUUUCAUCGAGUAGUGAGAAAGAUUUUGAAAGAACAAUGCCAAGAAUCAGGGAAGGUUCUGGAUAGGAAUGUGUCCGAUUUGACUUAUUAUCGAACUCUCAAGGAACAGCAACAGAAAGGACAGUUUUACUUUAAACCUCAGGUACAGCAUUUGGCUCCAAUCCCCAAAACCAACAGUAAACAACACAGCUAAAGAUACCAAGCCAGUCUUUCUUAGAGUAAAGUGACGAGUUAGAAACUACAAAUCAAUCUUUCUAGGAGUUAGAAACGACAAGUCAAUCUUUCUAUGAGUCCGGUUACAUUUAUACUGCUUUGAAACUGAGAUGUAUCUUGAUAAAUAAACACGUGAAAUGUU